UAAACAAAAUGUCACCACAAUUUGAUCAAAUUAACAAACCGUUGAUAAAAACACUCACAGUGGUUAAGUUUAAUUAAUCAAUUAGCCAAUGAAAUCCUCUUAAAGCUAAUAACAGGCUCCACAGUGUGAUAUCGAUCAGUAUUUAACCCGUUUACCGUAGGCUGCCUAUCAAAACACGUCCGUCUUGACUCCGUCUCGUUGACUUGGGAUCUAAGAAACCUCUGAAGAAAGUGGAUACCACCACCUCGGACUCUUUCCCAAGCUGAAUACCAUGGAAGCUCAAUCCACAGCUUUCAUCAGAUCCUCCAGUUUCUCAAUAGAUAACAUUCUUAGUAGCAAGGGAGAAGAAGCUCCGACAAGUUUAAAACUUGAACUUCCAGCUAACGUAAGCGAGAGUGUACAGCGAGACUUUCAGUUAUGUCCUCCAUUCCUUUACGGCGGCCUGAAUACAUGGCAGCACUAUCAGCCACAUGCAUGCCCUCCGUUCGACAGAUCACGAAAAACAACCGUUAUACAACAAGAAAGCAGCUCAAGAGAGCGACGAAGAUGCCGAGAUCCGUCAAAGAAGCGUAAAAGAACGGCUUUCACCACAACACAAGUUAAAGAACUUGAAGGCGAAUUUCGCAGAAGCAAAUAUUUGACCAUUUCUCGUCGAACAGAGCUUUCAAAAUCUCUCAAGCUGACCGAAACACAAAUUAAAAUCUGGUUUCAAAAUCGCCGGACCAAAUGGAAAAGAAAAAUAGCGGCAGAGAUGGAAUUUAGUGUCAGAUCAUCCGGGAACGUGUAUGGUCCCCACCAUCCGGGAAUUCAUCAUUGCAACCAACACUGUCACCCUGGUAAUAACAUGCCAUAUAAUUACUGUCAGUCAGGAUUCUCACCGGUUCUCUGCCAUCCUCAGCUGUCUUACCCCACAGCGCAUGUUUCUCACGUGGGAUUUUAGCCAAUGACAAAACGCUAACAUGACAAAGAAUAUGUAUCUCUGAGCCGGAGGGCCGAUAAUACUUGAACAGAUCCCAUUCGUAAAAUCCUGGCCAUUUUACUGAGAAUUCGUCUGCAAGUUUUAUGUUUUCAUGUCAAUUUAUUGUCGCGGAUGAAGACUUUUUUAACGGAUUACUUGGAUAUCACUGUGGUAACUGAUGCAAUCCACGUGUUCAUCCUGGACUACUGUUGCUAUUGAUAUAUUUGUAGCAGAUGUAUGUACAAUGUUAUUUUUUAAAAAAUGUAAUUGACCCAAUUAUGCAAAAUUAAAGCAGGAAUUUUCCUGCGGAAAAAGGAUGACAAUAAUCAAUAAAUAUUCGAGAUUAA